CACUGCGUGGGGGUGCGUUUUGACUUUCUUGAGGUGGGUGCUCGUGAGGUGUUCGCCGCUAUGCCUCCGAGGAGGGCCGUAGAGAAGCCGUGAGCCAGGCGAGAUUCUUGAAUUGUGCCUUCUCCUUCUGUCUUCUUCCCCUCACCGAUUUCCCGUCGCGACAUUCUUGGCAUCGGAUUGCUUCCCGCUCACUUCACUUCGCUCCGCAAGCAAACGCAUAGCGGCCGACGCCGUCGCAUCGCACACCGACACGCACCGCUGCUGCUGCUGUCCUUAUGCGCUUCCCUUCCUCCCCAAGCUGCCGUCUCUCGCCACCUCGGUACUAGUUAGGUAAGGUACAGUACCCACCUCACCUUCAGGCCCUGCUCCUUUACGCGUUUUCCCUUUGUUCUUUGCUACCCUGUCUUGUCUUCUUGACUGCCAGCAACGCACAGUAGUCCCCAUCCACCGGCCACCGCCGUCGCUGAGCCGUCUGGUCUUUGAGAUGAUAUGAUGCGCCGUUGCGGGUGGCUUCCGUCUCUCUGCCGCCCCCGCCGGGGUGGCCGCGCGGCCGCCCUGGCCCCGAACCCAGAUCCACCGCCUCCCGAGCCCAAGGGAGAGGAGGAGCACGGUGCUUCCGACAAAGCUGUCAUGGAGAACAUUCUACCAAACAGUGAUUUUUCUGAAGAUAUUCGUUCGUGGCAUCCGAACGGUUGCCAUGCCUUUGUGGCUGUGGAAGGAUCUGGUUACCAUAAUGGUAUAAGGCCACAUUCAGGGUCUAGUUAUGCUGUACUUACUCAUCGCACACAGAGUUGGCAAGGGCUUGAGCAGGACUUAACAGAAAAUAUUACUGUUGGUACCAAGUACGUUGUUGCUGCCUAUGUCAGAGUUCAUGGGGAACUUCAUGAGCCUGUUGGAGUCCAGGCCACGCUUAAACUCGAGGACGAUGGGUCUACCAACUACCGUUCUGUUGGAAGGGUAUUGGCCUCGCAAGAACGCUGGGAGAAGUUGGAAGGUUCAUUUGAGCUUACAAGUAUACCAAGUCGUUUGGUUUUUUAUCUUGAAGGCCCCCCUGCUGGUGUAGACUUGCUUAUAGAUUCAGUUACCAUCUCCUGCAAGAAAGCAGAGAGGACACCGUCUUCAUUGAUUGGUGGAACAACAAACAUAAUUUUGAACUGUGAUUUUUCAGAAGGCCUUCAUUCAUGGCAUCCCAUCUACUGCCACGCAUAUGUGGCAUCACAAUGGUCCGGUUUCCUUGAUGGUAUUAGAGGGAACUCAGGAGAGAAUUAUGCUGUUGUUACAAAGAGAACUGAGCACUGGCAAGGUCUCGAACAAGAUAUUACAGAUCGAGUAUCUACUGGUAUAGCUUAUGCAGUUUCGGCAUAUGUCAGAGUUGAUGGGAAUAUCCAUGGUAAAACUGAAGUCAAAGCAACCCUGAGGUUGCAAAAUCAAGAUGAAUCAACACACUACAGUUCUGUUGGAAGGGUGUUAGCCUCAAAAGAAAAGUGGGAGAAGUUGGAAGGUACUUUUUCUUUGACAAAUAUGCCAAAAUGUGUGGUUUUUUACCUGGAAGGACCUCCUGCGGGGGCGGAUCUUAUUAUUGAUUCAGUUACUAUUGCUAGGUUGGAACAUAAGCAGUCAAAGGAAGUAAAAUCACCAAGUGGAAUAGAGACUGUUAUUAAGAAUCCUCAGUUUGAAGAAGGGUUAAGUAAUUGGUCUGGAAGAGGAUGCAAUAUCUGUAGGCAUGAGUUCACUGCUUAUGGGAAUGUGAAGCCCUUAAGUGGCAGCUAUUUUGCUUCAGCAACGGGACGGAUCCACAAUUGGAAUGGCAUACAGCAAGAUAUCACAGGAAGAGUGCAGAGAAAAGUCUUUUAUGAGAUUAGUUCUCCUGUUCGGAUAUUUGGCAGUUCUAAUGAAACUGAAGUUCGUGCUACUUUGUGGGUACAAGAAUAUGGCCGUGAACGAUAUGUAUGUAUUUCAAAAAACCAGGCCUCUGAUAAGCGCUGGACACAUUUGAAAGGAAAAUUCCUCCUUCAUGCUCCCUUCUCCAAAGCUGUCCUUUUUAUAGAGGGGCCACCUGCAGGAAUUGACAUUCUUGUAGAUGGCCUUGUUCUGUCACCGGCAAGAAAAAUCCUUGCUGCACCACGCCCAAAAGUUGAGAAUGUUAUGUAUGGAGCUAAUAUUAUGCAGAACAGUACUUUCUCUCGCGGCCUUGCUGGGUGGAGUCCUAUGGGGUCAUGUCGACUGAGUAUCCAUACUGAAUCACCCCAUAUGCUGUCUUCCAUCCUGAAGGACCCUUUGAAUCGGAAACAUAUAAGUGGUAGCUAUGUCCUUGCUACAAACCGCACUGAUGUGUGGAUGGGGCCUUCUCAGGUGAUAACUGACAAGCUAAGGCUGCACACCACUUACAGAGUCUCUGCCUGGGUACGUGCUGGGUCUGGAGGACAUGGCCGUCACCAUGUAAAUGUUUGUCUUGGUGUAGAUGACCAAUGGGUUAAUGGUGGGCAAGUGGAAGCUGACGGGGAUCAAUGGUAUGAAAUCAAAGGAGCAUUCAAGCUUCAAAAGCAGCCAUCCAAAGUUAUCGCAUAUGUUCAGGGUCCUCCUUCAGGUGUUGAUAUCAGAGUCAUGGGCUUCCAAAUUUAUGCGGUUGAUAGGAAAGCACGUUUUGAGUACCUUAAGGAGAAAUCAGACAAGGUAAGGAAGCGUGAUAUCAUUGUGAAGUUCCAAGAAUCAAAUGCCGCGAAUCUUGUUGGUUCAGCUAUCAGGAUACAACAGACCGAGAAUAGUUUUGCAUUUGGAUCAUGCAUAGGGAGAAGUAACAUUGAGAAUGAGGAUCUUGCUGAUUUCUUUGUGAAGAACUUCAAUUGGGCUGUAUUUGAGAAUGAAUUGAAGUGGUACUGGACAGAGGCGGAACAAGGAAAGCUAAAUUAUAAAGAUUCCGAUGAGUUGCUUGAAUUUUGUCAGAAGCAUAACAUACGAGUUCGUGGUCACUGCUUAUUCUGGGAAGUGGAAGAUUCAGUCCAGCCAUGGAUUCGGUCAUUGCAUGGGCACCACUUGAUGGCUGCCAUACAAAGUCGAUUGCAAAGCCUGCUGUCAAGGUACAAAGGUCGGUUUAAGCAUCAUGAUGUUAACAAUGAGAUGCUUCAUGGGUCUUUCUAUCAAGAUAGACUUGGAAGGGACAUUAGAGCUCACAUGUUCAGGGAAGCACAUAAACUUGAUCCUUCAGCAGUACUCUUUGUGAACGACUACAAUGUCGAAGAUGGAUGUGACUCAAAAUCUACACCAGAGAAGUUCAUCGAGCAGAUUGUUGAUCUCCAAGAACGGGGUGCUCCGGUUGGUGGGAUUGGUGUGCAAGGUCAUAUCAGCCAUCCAGUGGGAGAUAUCAUAUGUGAUUCCCUAGACAAGCUAUCCAUAUUGGGUCUCCCUAUCUGGAUUACUGAGUUAGAUGUCACAGCAGAGAACGAACACAUCCGGGCUGAUGAUCUCGAGGUGUGCCUACGCGAAUGCUUCGCGCAUCCUGCUGUGGAGGGUGUUAUCCUCUGGGGAUUCUGGGAGAUGUUCAUGUUUCGGGAGCAUGCUCACCUGAUCGACGCUGAUGGAACAAUCAAUGAGGCUGGCAAAAGGUACCUUGCUCUGAAGCAAGAGUGGCUAAGCCACGCGAAUGGCGACAUCGAUCAUCGUGGGGAGUUUAAAUUCAGAGGCUACCAUGGGUCAUACACGAUCGAAAUAGCGACGCCUUCAGGAAAGGUAACUAGAUCAUUUGUUGUUGACAAGGAGAACCCGGUGCAGGUGGUUACUCUGAACAUUUAGCUUGUAUCAAAUGAAAUAUUUUCUACCUCCAGUUGUGCAUCCUGUUCUGAGAUUUAUCGGUCGAGUACUGAAUUUUUUCUGUUUUAUGUCAAAUCUUCACAGUUUACUUUCUAUAUUGUAGCAGCAUGGAUUUCUGUGUCGUAGAAAAUAAAUGCUAAAUUUUGUGGAUCA